AUGAUUGAUCAGAAGUUCUUCGUUGGAGGUGCAACUGGAACAACUCGACAUCCCAAUAUUUCCACUAAUUAUUCCGAUCAUUCCCCGCCGCCACCACCACCGCCGCCACCGUCUUCCACCACCAAUCUCAACUCGGAAAACCAUCAUUUAAAGUGCCCACGAUGCGAUUCCUCCAACACAAAGUUCUGUUACUAUAACAACUACAACCUCACUCAGCCCCGCUACUUCUGCAAGACUUGCCGACGCUACUGGACCAGAGGUGGGGCCCUCCGCAACGUCCCCAUUGGCGGUGGCUGCCGGAAAAACAAGGGAACCACCAUAGCCUCUGCCUUAGCAAAGCAGAUCUCCUCCACCGAAAAUCUCAAGGCCCUUAUUUCCUCCGACCUUGGGAAAUCCGACAUCAUCAACAGUCUUGAUGAGCGUUCCAAACCGAUUUUAUGGGCCAGCUCACCUCAGACCUCUCAUCUUCUUUCCUUACUAAGAUCCACCCAUAACCAUAACCCUAACCCUAACCCUAAUUUUACUUCAAACGCAAACACGUUCAAUCCAUCUUGGAGAAUCAACAGUCAAAUGGUUCGAGAUCAACAACAGGAAAAUGGAGGGAUCAUAACUGGUCAUGAAGGUCGAAUCACAGGAAACAAUCCAGCUCAAAUGCAUCAACAGCUAAGAUCAUCUCCAUCAAACUAUUAUCAUCAUGAUCAGGCAGUUGCACCUAUGACGAACCCUUCAUCUUCAACAUCUGCUUCAACUGUAGCAAACGGUGAGUCGGGUUAUUGGAACUUGAUGAUUCCAUGGUCGGAUCUGUCCAUAACCAACAAUGCCUAUGCUCCUUAAAUCAAUAAGCUCUUUCUAGCUAAAUAUAUAUAGUUUCUCAGAUCUUUUGUACGUACGUAGCUGAUAAAAUUAAGAAGUCAUCAGCUAGGGUUUGGUGUUGCAUUUCUGCUAUGGUGUUUAAUCUGGAUGUUUUUUUUAACUUGUCCAUUUUAAGUUUGAA